AUGGCUUCUAUCUGUCGCAUCAUCGGAUUGGCUGCCAUGGCGACGGCAGCACGAGCACACUUCACCUUCUUGCGCAUAGCCGUGAACGGCGAAUGGCAAACCCCAACACGCUUCAUCCGCAACAAGACGGCCCCCUUCGAGGAGAUCUCGACGCCCAACACGAACGUCAACACACGCCUGUUCAACGACCCGACGUACGCGACCGACAUCCGAGCGUCGACGCGCUGCGGGCGCGACAACAUGGCGCACGCGGCCGACACCGAGGUUCUGACGAUCCGGGCGGGCGACACCGUCGAGUUCGCGCACCAGCGGUACGAGCCGGCCGCCUGGACCGACGCCAUGUGGGACAACUGCCCGGACGGCCGGGGGAGCUGCAAUCCGGCGCGGGCGGACGGCGUGAUGGACAUCAACCACGAAGGCCCCGUAAUCGCACACCUCUCGCAAGUGCCCGAGGGCCUCGAUGUCACAGCCUACGACGGUUCCGGGGAGUGGGUCAAGAUUUUUACCUUGGGAAUGGAGUGGCGGGCAGACCAGACGGAGCCCAUCCACUGGCUUGCCUACAACAAGGAAGGUAGCGGCCAGGGGUGGCCGGGAAGAGUACAAAUCUCGUCCGGCUCAGAGCCUGAAAGAAAUGCUGACGAGGAGUCACAGUUCAUGUUCAAGAUUCCGGCACAGACGCCCGCCGGACAGUACCUUCUGCGCAUGGACGAGAUCAACACCGGGCUCGAGGAGCAUAACGAGGCAUUCAACUCGUCCUCGCCGGCCCAACUGUAUCCCAGCUGCGCGCAGAUCCAGGUCGAGAGCGAUUACAGUGGAGACUUGCCCAGGGGCAUCCCCAUCCCCGAGUCGUUCUCGCACACUUCUCCAGGGAUGGCUAUUACGCUCAAUAUGUACAGGGACAAGAAGAUUGAUGAGGGCUAUGUGUAUCCCGGUGGACCGCUUUGGGAUGGCACCACGCUGGUCCAGGACAAGCCUGCGGCGUAG